UUCAAAUAUUCCAAAAAAUGCAGAAAAGCACAGUAGAAAGAGUCUCCUCUAACCAAAAGAAGGAAGAAAGCUUUGAGAGAAUGUCAGUUAGCUUUGGAGAAAAUAAAGAUCAAGAUAAUCAAAGAAAAGCGAAAAACUCUGUUAGAACUUCUAAAUACACUUGGAUCACUUGGGCUCCGCUCUCUUUAUUUUACCAGUUUACUAGGGCUGCUAACAUUUAUUUCCUCUGGAUCUCAAUUUUGACAUGCAUGCCCUUUUCUCCUAAAGCUCCUGCUUCGAUGAUUGGAACCUUUUCAGGGGUGCUGAUCUUUACAAUGUUUAAAGAACUUUUCGAAGAUUACUACAGGAUGAAAAGUGAUAAACAGAUAAAUAAUAGUAAGACCCGUAUCUACAACUACACUAAAAAGGACUUUGAAACAGUAUCUUGGAAAGACGUCAAGCAAGGAGAUAUCAUAAAAGUUGAAAAGGACGAAUCUUUCCCUGCUGAUAUCCUUUUCCUCCAUUCUAAAACAGAUGUAAUUUUUGUAGAUACUAUGAAUCUUGAUGGCGAGACUAAUCUCAAACCAAAAGUACUGGCUUCCAGCUCACUAAUUCCCUCAAUCACCAAAUCCGAAGAAUCCAAGCUCACAGACUCUACCCUACCUCCCUACUGCCCAUCCAGCCUCCACUCCCUCACCGGAAGAAUAGACUGUGAAUUCCCAAACGAAAAUCUCGAACAGUGGGAUGCCAACCUUUGUAUCCACUCCACACCCCAAAAUCCUGAAAAUCUAAAGAUCAACAACAUGCUUCUCAGGGGCUGAGUCCUGCGUAACACCCCCUUCGUAGUAGGCGUGGUUGUUUAUGUAGGCAAGGAAAGUAAGAUUAUGAAGAACGCGAAGAAAGCGCCCAGGAAAGUAUCGAAUUUAAUGAAAAUGAUGGAUUAUAUGCUGUAUACUGUGUUUUUGUUCCAGAUUGUUAUUAUUAUGGCGUUUGCGAGUGUUUCAGUGGGGUGGAUAAGUGAGAAGGGGAGGAAGUAUGAGUACCUGGAUAUGGGGGAUACUGAUGUAGGGCCGAUUACGUGGGUAGUGCAGUUGUUGACGUAUUGGGUAGCCUAUUCGCAUAUGAUACCGAUCUCUUUGUAUGUGAUAAUAGAGGUGCUGAAGUUGGUGCAGUCUUAUCUGGUGAAAUGGGAUGAGGAGAUGUAUGAUAGGGAGACAGAGCAGUUUGCGGAGUGAAGAAAUUCGGAUUUGGUUGAAGAGCUUGGACAAAUUGAUUUUAUUUUUAGCGAUAAGACAGGGACAUUGACUUGUAAUAAGAUGGUGUUUAAGAGGUGUAGUGUUGGAGGUAAGGUCUUCAGCACUGAUGAAGAGGCUUCUAAAGAAAGUUCUUCUACCAAUUACAAACAAUCAGACCAGCUGAGUUCUUCUAGAGAUAGAGAAUGCUUAAGCAAUAAUGAUGUUGAAGAAAGUAAGAUGGAUAUGAUAGAUCACCGUCAGAUAAACCAGAUGCCCAUGCAGGAUAUCGAGGAUCACGAAGAAGGAGAGGAGAAGGGGCUUAAAGAUGAAAGAAAGCAGAGCAAAGAUCUCACUGAGUUCUUUAAGUUCAUGGUUCUCUGUCAUGCAGUUAUGGUGGAUAGAGAUCCUAAGACUGACCAAAUCAUUUACCAGUCCAGCUCUCCUGAUGAAUCAGCUUUGGUUGAGGGAUCGAAAGAAGUAGGAAUAGUACUGAAGGAUAGAACAAAGGAUACAAUGACUAUCUCAAUAGAUGGGGAGGAAGAAGCGUAUGAAAUAUGUAUUGAGUUCCCAUUUGACUCUACUCGAAAGCGGAUGUCAGUUGUCAUCCAGAAAAAUAACAAAUACUAUCUUCUUACUAAAGGUGCUGAUAAUAUAAUGAAUCCAAGGAUAAACUGGAAAGAAGGGGAGAAGGAGAAGAUAGAGUCAGAUCUCCAUCAAUUUGCUAUAGAAGGGCUUAGAACUCUAGUGAUGGCACAAAAGGAAAUCACACACCAAACCUUCAUUGAUCUUAAAAAUAGGAUUGAUGAGCUCGAAGCUUCAACACUAGUAAAUAAAGAAGAGAUGAUUUUUGAUGUUUAUGAUCAAUAUGAAGGCGAUCUAAACUUUGUUGGGGCAUCUGCUAUAGAAGAUAAGCUACAAGACAAAGUAGCUGAUACUAUUAGUAUCCUAAUUGAAGCUAAUAUCCGAGUCUGGGUAUUAACUGGAGAUAAGCAGGAGACAGCUAUCGAGAUUGCCAAGGCGUGCCAAUUGAUCCAGAAAGGAAUGGAGGAAGAAAUCCUUACGAUAGAUUUUGAUAAUAUAAAACUCAAAGAGCCAACCAUCAUCAUUCAUGAUGAAAUCAAGAGGAUUUAUGAUAAAUAUGGAAUAAAGCAUACGAUUGAUGAUGUAAAUGGAGAUGAUACAAAAACUAGAAAGAAAAAGAUGAUUCCAUUUAAAGAUGCACAAGAAACAAUUCCUUCCUUGAGCAUAGUCAUCGAUGGCCCAACCCUAGGAGUUGUACUAGGGGAUGAAGAACUGGAAUUUGAAUUCUUCAAGCUUGCAAUCCUUGCUAAAUCUGUAAUAUGAUGACGUGUUUCUCCCAAGCAGAAAGCUUUGAUAGUAAAACUUGCAAAAUACAAAGAAAAAUCGAUAUCUUUGUCAAUAGGUGAUGGAGCAAAUGAUGUCCCAAUGAUUAUGGAAGCUAAUAUAGGUAUCGGAAUUCGAGGUAAAGAAGGUACCCAGGCAGUCAGAGCAUCCGAUUAUGCUAUCAGUCAAUUCAGAUUUCUCCAAAGACUUAUCCUAGUACAUGGACGAUAUGGUUAUCGAAGAAUUUCAUCCGUGGUAUGAUACUACUUUUAUAAAAACAUCCUACUGGUUUUUACAGAAAUUUAUUUUGCAGUGUUCUGAGGGUUCUCAGGACAAAUCUACUUUGCAGAUUGGUUACCAAUGUUAUACAACUCUUUAUGGACAAGCUUCACUUGAUUCUUUGCUUAUUCACUGGAAAGGGAUAUACCAACAGAGGAAUCUGAGAAAUCUCCUCAUCUUUAUUCUGCAGGUCAAAAAAGAGAAUACUUUUCGUACUUGAAAUUCUGGAAAUGGAUUAUUUUGUCAAUAUAUCAUGGCUUGAUUGUGUACUUUGGAUGAACUUGUGGCUUCAGAUAUGCAGUAAAUCUUGAUGGUCAUACUGAGACACUUUGGUUUGUCUCAUCUACAGCCUUCACUAUUAUAGUACAUCUUGUUACAUUUAAGCUUCUUAUCGAAUUGCUAUUUCUAAACUGGAUAGUUAUUGCUGCUGGGAUCGGCUCUGUCAUCUUAUACUGGCUCUGUGCUUUGUUCUUGAACUCAUCCUAUGUUUCCUCAAUCCUGCAGCCUAACUUAGAAGGUAUUUACUUCCGGAUGUUGACCUCUGUGCCUACCUUAUUAUCUUUAUUACUUGUUCCCUGCAUCGCUCUUCUUCCUGAUAUGACGUUGAAAUAUUUCUCACAAUUAUUUAAUCCUUCUGAUUCAGAUACAUCAAUAUCCGAGCAUAAAGAAAUUCAAAAACUCAAAGAAAAGAAAACUCCUAGAAAGGCUAAGUACGAGGUAGCUCCCAAAAGAAGAGGACUCAGCAAUCAUUUCAACUCCGAAGCAAGACUUAAUAGGCUAGACUAGAAACCACUAAUACCCCAAUGCUCUAAAAUUUC